GGCAGCUCCUCUGGAGUGCUGAGCUAAAAUAAAACUCUCUCCUGCCUGCCGCACUCCACUCACUGCUAAACUCCCUCCAGAGACCCCCCCCGGGGGGCCGGCAGCCAAGAAGCCAGACUCACCGGACAGACAGAUGCCUUAGCGGAAGGACAACUUGCUAUUUUGUCCUUCCUCGCCAACGUGCGGUGCUGGGAGCUGGAUUUCCAUCCCCUGCUUUGCCUCACUUCAGAGACCCGGGCUGGUGCUGCACUGUGCCAGCGACGCGCCAAGAUCUGGAGACGAUUGGCUGUGCGGGCGGUAACCCACCACCAUGGGCAUUAAAGCAGCAUUGCCCAGUUAUGAGCUGGGGUUCUACGCGCUGGUCGUGAUGUGUGCGGUGGUGUACAGCGGCAGCGGGAUCUUCGAGGCCUCUAGAGAUAACGUGAACAGAAAAGCCUUUCGGCAGAGCAUAAAACCGGGCUGGCAUUACUUCGGCAGGAAAAUGGACAUGGCUGACUUUGAAUGGGCGAUGUGGUUCUCCUCGUUCAGGAACGUCAUCAUCUUUGCCCUUUCCGGGCACGUCCUCUUCGCCAAGAUCUGCUCCAUGGUGCUGCCUCAGCACAGAUCUGUGGUUUACAUGCUCUACGGGAUGUUGGCGGUGCUGGGCACCAUGGGAAGCUCCUACCUGAUGCUCGUCCUCGCUCACUGUGUCCUGCUCUACUCCAUCGCGCUGGCUAAGCAGAGGUGGCUGUGCUUUGCAGCUGGGCUUUGCAGCCUGGCCUCUUUCAGGCUGGAACCUUUCAGCACGUGGCAGAAUGGAUUUGUAACCAGAACUUUUGAUCUUCAAGAUGUGCUGUUUUAUGGAGGAAGCGGCUUCACCAUCAUGCGCUGCAUGAGCUUUGCCCUGGAGAACGCCGAGCGGAAGGAAGGGAUUUACUCCAUCAUCGACCUGCUGAAAUACAAUUUCUACCUCCCAUUUUUUUUCUUCGGACCCAUCAUGACCUUUGAUCGAUUCCACUCUCAGGUAAGCACCAGCGAGCUGAGGCGCAAAGACAACGAGAUGUGGAACAUUCGCGUCCACGCGGGUCUCCACCUGGGGGCGAUCGUCGCCGUGGACAUGUUUUUCCACUUCUUCUACAUCCUGACUCUGCCUGCGGAUGUGAAGUUUGUGAACCGGCUCUCUGACUGGGCAUUGGCUGGCCUGGCCUACUCGAACUUGGUGUAUGAUUGGGUGAAAGCUGCGGUGAUGUUUGGAGUUAUCAAUACUAUCGCUAGACUGGAUCACUUGGACCCGCCGCAGCCCCCCAAAUGUAUCACCAUGCUCUACGUCUUUGCAGAAACGCACUUCGACAGAGGGAUUAACGACUGGUUAUGCAAGUACGUGUACGAUCACCUAGGGGAGACCCACGACAACGUUGUGAAGGAGCUUCGGGCGACCGUCUCCACCUUCGCUGUCACCACCCUGUGGCUGGGCCCCUGCGAGAUUGUUUACAUCUGGUCUGUCUGCAACUGCUUUGGCCUCAACUUCGAGCUCUGGGUGCAAAAGUUUUUCCAGAGGGAGCCUUUUGCCAGCGUGGAGGCCAACAUGUCAGAGCCGAUGUCUCGGCGGAUUAGAGGAAUCUUCGGGGCUGCAAACUUCUGGGCCAUCGUCCUCUACAACAUCCUUGCUCUCAACAGUCUGGACUUCAUGCUGCUGGUUACCAAGAGACUCCUCCUGACAGGUUUCCCACUCAGCACCUUGUCCAUCUGGUUCAUCACCUAUUGCGGGGUGCAGCUCAUCAAGGAGAGGGAGCGCCUCCUGGCGGUAGAAGAGGAGAAAAGCGACAAAGAAAAGGCAGCAUAGAGAGGAGAGGAGGCUUGGCCCAGAAUCCUCAGCGGCAGCAUCGUGUCCUCCCGGCCGUCAAGGCCCAGGCGCCUGCAAGCGAGGCUCUCCAGCGUCAUCUGCAGCCACGCUCCUGUAUUUUCCCCAUGUACAAAGCCCCUGUAAUAAACCUCUCCUAGUUUAAAUAAAGAUUUUCGAUAA